CUCCCCCCUCCCCUCCCCCUCCCUCCCUAUUAUAACUUCCCUCCAAAGUCCAAUCCCACCGCAAUUCACACACGCCGGAGGAGCAGCAGCGAGGCACACACCCCCAUCCCCAUGUGACGGAUUCAUGGUGGUGAGAGGACGACGAAGCAGCCACAGCAGCAGCAGAGCAUCAUAGUUAUCAUAUAAGUAGAGAGGUGCCGGCGCCAUUCUUCCUCUCCCCGGAGACUCUGAGCCAGCCAGCGAGCGAGCAGCAGUACGGAGGAGGCGGCGGUGGUGGUGCAGAGCGAGAUGGGGACGGGGUGGCGGAGGGCGCUGUGCACGUCGGUGAGCCGGGACGACAGCGACGGCGGGAGCGCCAAGCGCCGCCCGCCGCCGGCGCGCGGCGACGCGCCGGCGACCCCGCGGAAGCUGGCCUUCUUCUCCGGCAUGGGCGGCGGGGGCGGGGGGAGCAACCCGCCGGCCCCCGCGCUGCGGUGCCGCACGAGGCCGACGGCGGAGCCGGAGAGCGUGGCGCCCGUGACGCCGCCGCAGCCGGCGUCGGCGCCGGUGUCGGCCAGGAAGCGGGUGCCGCUGCUGCAGGCCAUCUCGGCGCCGUCCUCGCCCAGAUCCCCCUCCAGAUUCGCGCUCUUCAAGGCCUCCAUCCUCCCCACCAAGGCGCGGUGCGGCGUGUGCACGCGGGGCGUCAAGAACGGCGGCGGCGCGGCGGUGUUCACGGCGGAGUGCUCCCACUCCUUCCACUUCCCCUGCAUCGCGGCGCACGCGCGCGCGGCCGCCUCCGGCGCGCUCUGCUGCCCGGUCUGCUCCGCGCCGUGGCGCCAGGCGCCGUUCCUCGCCUCGCUCCGCCUCCACCUCGACGCCGACGGCUCCCCGCACCGCAAGCACAGGACCUCCGACGACUCCCGCAAGACGGCGCCGGUGACGGCCAAGGCCGCCGGCGUGCCCAAGGUGUACGACGACGACGAGCCGCUGCUGGCGCCCAAGUCCGCCGCCAACGGCAGCGGGUUCAACCCGAUCCCGGAGGCCAACGAGGACGGCGACGAGGGCGAGGGCGAGGGCGAGGAGGCCGGCCGGGAGGGCGAGUUCCGGGGCUUCUUCCCGCACCCGCCGCGGGUGCGGACCGGGCUGGCGGUGACAGUCGCGCCCGAGGCCGCGCUGGUGUCGUCCGGGCGGAGGCACGGCAAGUACGUGGUGGUGGUGAAGGUGAAGGCGCCGGCGCUGCGGUCGUCGGCGUCGCGGCGCGCGCCCAUCGACCUGGUGACGGUGCUGGACGUGAGCCAGGGCAUGAUGGGGGAGAAGCUGCAGAUGCUGAAGCGCGGGAUGCGGCUGGUGAUCGCGUCGCUCGGCCCCGCCGACCGGCUCUCCCUCGUCGCCUUCUCCGGCGCCGCCAAGCGGCUGAUGCCGCUGCGGCGGAUGUCGCGGCAGGGGCAGCGGUCGGCGCGGCAGAUCGUGGACCGCCUCGUGGUGUGCGCCGCCGCGCAGGGGCAGGAGCAGCAGGCGCAGGGCGCCUGCGCCGGCGACGCGCUGCGCAAGGCCACCAAGGUCCUCGAGGACCGCCGCGACCGCAACCCCGUCGCCACCGUCAUGCUCCUCUCCGACACGCAGCAGCAGCAGCAGCAGCAGGACGCGAGGAAGCACGGCGACCACCACCACGCCCUGCGCCGCCCGCAGCCGGCUCCGGCGGCGGCGGCCACGCGGUUCACCCACGUCGAGAUCCCCAUCGCCGGGCCCGGGCCGGCCGACGACGCGCCGGCGCGGUCGCCGCUCGCGCCCAAGCAGGAGGAGCAGCUGGAGUCGAGCGCCCCCGCGGAGCACGCCUUCGCGAAAUGCCUGGGCGGCCUCGUCAGCGUGGUGAUGCAGGAGGUGCACCUGGAGCUCGACUUCCCGACGGGGGAGAUCACGGCGGUGUACUCCUGCGGCGCCGGGCAGCAGGCCGUGGCCCUCGCGGGCGGCGCCGGCGGCAGCGGCGGGUCGGCCCUGAGCGUGCGGCUCGGCGAGAUGUACGCGGAGGAGGAGCGGGAGCUGCUGGUGGAGCUGCGGGCGCCGCUGGGCGCGCACCCGCACGCGCUGUCCGUCCGGUGCGCGUACCGCGACCCGGCGUCGCAGGAGACGGUGCGCGGCGCCGAGCAGCCGCUGCUCCUGCCCCCGCUCCACGACGGCGGCGGCGGGGGGAGCUCCACGUCCUCCUCGCAGCAGCGGCUCCACGACCUGUUCGUGGCGUCCCGCGCGGUGGCGGAGUCGCGGCGGCUGGCGGAGCUGGGCGACUUCUCGACGGCGACGCACCUGCUGUCCUCCGCGCGGCGGCUGGUGCUGCAGUCCCCGCCGACGCAGCAGCAGCAGGACCUGCUGGGCGGCCUGGACAUGGAGCUGAGCGACAUGCGGUGGCGGCGCGGCCAGCAGCAGCCGCCGACGCCAACAUCCCGGUCAGCGACGCCCUCCGGCACGCCGCGAGCAUCAUCGGGCGGCGGAGGAGGGGGCGGAAGCGAGCCGCUGACGCCGACGUCGGCGUGGCGCGCGGCGGAGCAGCUGGCGAAGGUGGCCAUCAUGCGCAAGUCCAUGAACCGGGUGAGCGACCUGCACGGCUUCGAGAACGCGCGCUUCUGACGGCGGUGGUCGACGGUCGAUCUGUAACGACGAGGUGGAGGUUGUUUUUUUGUUUUUGGUUUGGUUUUGUGAAUCGGUCGUGAAGUUGAAGUUGACGAAGAAGACGAAGACCCUGCCGGAGUGCGGCGGUGGACGGACGGGCGGGCGGCUAGAGGCGGGAGCCGCCAUUGUUGUUAAUUAAAAGAUUAGUAGCCAAGUGAAAUACUACUAGGAUCAUCCAUGAUAUUGCUUUUUUUUCCUUUCCUUUCCUUCCUGUUAAUUACUCCAUGUUUUUUCCCCUAGUAAUUAUAAGACUUGAUUCAUUCUUGA